UGGAAAUCAAAGAAGAAAGCGCUAAUUUACAUUUGGAACAAGCACAUGCUAGCGGCUGUCACGACGGAGAAAUUUCUUGAAACUCUAGGGGGUAUGAGUUAAAAGACGAGUUACAAGAUGCCGCUUUUAAGUUUAAGGUUAAGGUUAUCGAUCUGAUAAGUGCAGGAGGGAAAUAGAGCCGCUGCACAUAAGUUCGGUGUGGUUCAGCGUUGGAGACGCAAGGCUGCGUCCAUAAUAGCAGAUUUAUUGAAAACCGAGAACGGCGGAGAUACUAGCGGAUUACAAGCCCGGUGCGGUUAUAUAUGUACGCCUCCAGUUUUUUUUUUAAAAUUUGUAGGUGCGGGUUAUAUUGAGGUGCCCUCUUUAGUUCGGAAUAUACGGUAAUUACUGACAAUGUCGCCUAGACAACAAGCAAGCUCCUUGUUCUCCCUUUUAUAAGACACACUUUUAAUUGCAGUUUAUAAAGCCACCCUCAGAGUUUUAUUCAAAAUUUGAUAUGAAUCGGGGGGGAAAAAAUUAUGCACACAAAAUUCUUUUUCCUAUUAUUUAACAUGCAUCAAGCAUCUAAUAUAUGACGUUCUAUUUAAAUGUUGGCCUAUGUUAUUAAAUGAAGGAAGAGGCACUGCUUUUACACCAAGGAUUCUCCCUGCACGCUUCAUCUAGACAUUACGAUAGGAGAUGCUUUAGGUGUCUGAUGGGCGGGAUGAAGGGUGGAGUGUAUGGAGGGCCCACAGAUUCGGCAGAGCCGGAAUUUCUUCAUAAGACAGCCGACAGGGACAGGUAUGGAUGUGAGGCAAGGAGAAACGCAAUAAGGAUGUCUAUUGACCUGUACAGCCCCAGCAUGGGUGACAGUGGGGCCUCCAUGUGCCAGAUGAAGCAGCUGCCCUGCCACGGCGCCCCGCUGCUUCGCCUGCAGGCCGGUGGGCAUCACACACUCAACCACUCAAACCUCCCUCACAAGCCGUGCUUGAGCGAUCCAUCCUUGGUAGCUUUCUCUGGGUCCGCGCCGGCCCUCCGCCACAGGGUCAACGGGGCCAUGGCAGGCACCUGCAACAGCCACAACUGUGCUGCUUCAAGACUGGGACAGGAGGUGGGAACAGCAGCCUGGGACAGCUGCAAAGGGAAGGUGUUGGUGACAGGAGGAGGGGGAUAUUUCGGCUUCAGGCUGGGGAAGGAGCUGGCCAGUGAGGGGAUGACUGUGAUCCUUCUGGAUGUCAACAAGCCUCUCUGGGAUAUUCCUGAUGGAGCAAUCUUCCUUCAGAGCGACAUUCGGGACUAUUCCUCCCUACACAAAGUGUGUGAAGGAGUGGACUGCAUAUUUCACACAGCAUCUUAUGGCAUGUCUGGACCAGAGCAGCUGAGGAAGGAUCAGGUGGAAUCAGUCAACGUUGGAGGAACCAAUAAUGUCAUAAACGUGUGUAAAGAGAGAGGAAUCUCCAGACUGGUCUACACCAGCACUAUCAACGUGGUGUUUGCUGGGAAACCAAUUGUGGAUGGGGAUGAGGCUUCAGUGCCAUAUGUGCCCAGUGAUUUGCACAUCGACCACUACUCCAGAACUAAAGCAGUGGCAGAGCGGAUGGUCCUCUCGGCCAACGGGUCCUCAGUGAAAGGUGGAGGGAAACUGGAGACCUGCGUCCUGCGGCCGUGUGGCAUCUAUGGACCUGGAGAAAGGAGACAUCUUCACAGAGUGAUGAUGAACAUAGAGCGGCGCUUGUUCAGCUUCAGCUUUGGAGACCCAGCAGCCAGGAUGAACUGGGUCCACGUAGAUAAUCUGGUCUUGGCCCACAAGCUUGCAGCUGAGGCUCUCACAAAGAAGAAAGGCUGCAUCGCUAGCGGGCAGGCAUAUUUUAUUAAUGAUGGCCUUUCAGUCAAUCUGUUUGAGUGGCUGACACCUUUGUUUGAAAAACUGGGCUACAGCAGACCAUCAAUAACCCUCCCAGUUUCUCUUGUCUAUUCAGCAGCUAUUCUGGUGGAGUAUUUACAUGUGAUUCUGAGCCCGGUGAUCGAAGUGCCUCUGCUUUUUACCAGGAGUGAGGUCCGAAACAUCACAGUGAGCCACACCUUCAAAAUCGACAAGGCCCGUCAAGAACUGGGUUACUGCCCACAGUCGUACAGCCUGGCGGACUCCGUGGAGCAUUACCUCAAGAUCCGGCAAAGUCGUGACACCCCAAUUUCUUUAUCCCUGCCCUCUGUCAGGCAGCUGGCUGAAAGAGGCAUCCUGCUGCUGCUGCUGGGACUCGGCCUGGUGCUACUCAUAAUCUAUGGCCUCCUCAAUUAAAUAGUUGUUGCAAUGUCGGAUGGAGAGGCUUUCAAAACUAAUUGUUGCAACAAAUUUGUACUCUUCUCUCACUUGUGCAGAGUUCAACUCAUCAAGAGUCAUUUUUUCUUUUUCUCCUCUUCAAAUAAGACUUAAUUUAUUGAAUGUAGGUUUAGACAAAUUCCCUUUUCUUUUAAAGUUAUGUAAGCUUGAAAGUGUUAAGGGAGAUUUAUAUUUAUGAAUUUAAUAGCUUAGUUUUUUUUUUGGUCUAUGUAAUUGUCAUUUAUUGAAGCAUGCUUCCAGUUUGUAUAGCAUUCUUUUGUGACUGCUAUUUACUACAGAGGUUGCUAUUUUGUACACUUUUAGAAAUAAAAUAAUUAUAAUGAAUGAAAUGUUUAAUGGAUGUUAAAAUCAAACAUUUUCUUGUUACUAAUAAAAGUAAUGAAAAUAUUUACAAUUUCAAUAAUUUUUUUUCUAUUUAAAGAAAAAAAUCUUAACUCUUGGGCUUGCUUGCAUUUUGUGCUACACCUCCAAAAGACACCCUUUAGAAGAUUGUCAUAGAAACAUAUUUUAUUUCCCAGUUCUUUCCUGAUUAUCCUUUCAAAAUUCAGUUUUCACUAUAUAGAAAAUAGCUGUGAACAUUCUGUAAUUCUAUCUUCUUAAAUUCUAUAUUUAGUUAAUAAAAUGCUUC